AUCUCGCCGGCCAACGAGAGGGGAGCCAGCCCCGCCUCCUUCCCAGAGCUGAAUUGUGCGCAUGCGGACUGGGAGCCCCAGUGCCACCGCCCAUCAGCUGAGAACCGUAGCGGGGGGCUCUGGGGCCCGUGGGUGCCCACGGCCAGAGGAGGAGAAGGAGGAAGCCGAGGAGGUUGGGGUGACUGCUUAGAAAACUGUCCAGCCCGCCAACAUCUGAUGAAAUUAGUGAAUAAGCGAAUCAGCUAUGUCUUACACUCCGGGAGUUGGUGGUGACCCUGCUCUACUGGCCCAGCGUAUCUCUUCUAACAUCCAGAAGAUCACACAAUGUUCUGCGGAAAUACAGAGGAGUCUGAAUCAACUUGGAACACCUCAAGAUUCACCUGAAUUGAGGCAACAGCUGCAACAGAAGCAGCAAUAUACUAACCAACUUGCCAAGGAAACAGAUAAGUACAUUAAAGAGUUUGGCUCUCUGCCCACCACCCCCAGUGAACAGCGUCAAAGGAAAAUACAGAAGGAUCGCUUAGUGGCUGAAUUCACAACAUCACUGACAAAUUUUCAGAAGGUCCAGAGGCAAGCUGCAGAGAAAGAGAAAGAGUUUGUUGCUCGAGUAAGAGCCAGCUCCAGAGUGUCCGGUGGUUUUCCUGAGGAUAGCUCCAAGGAAAGGAAUCUUGUAUCCUGGGAAAGCCAAGCUCAACCUCAGGUGCAGGUGCAGGAUGAAGAAAUCACAGAGGACGACCUCCGCCUUAUUCAGGAGAGAGAAUCUUCUAUUAGGCAACUUGAAGCUGACAUUAUGGAUAUUAAUGAAAUAUUUAAAGAUUUGGGGAUGAUGAUCCAUGAACAAGGAGAUGUGAUAGACAGCAUAGAAGCCAACGUGGAGAAUGCGGACGUGCACGUUCAGCAGGCAAACCAGCAGCUGUCAAGGGCAGCAGAGUAUCAGCGCAAAUCCAGAAAAACCCUGUGCAUCAUCAUUUUCAUCAUUGUCAUCGGAGUUGUAAUUCUCGGUCUCAUCAUAUGGAAAGUGAAAGGCUAAAUUAUAAAGGAGAGCGCUAUUGCACUACAUUCUCUAAAUUAUCUAGGAAGAUUCCUGUAAUCAUGGGGCUUUUGUAUUAUUAUUUUUAAGUUACUCCAUAAAGGAUGGCUCCCAGACUUCAUUAUUUUCCUUUGGGAGGAAAUUUUCCUUUGGAUUCAAUCUGGUAUUUCUAACACUGAAAGUUUUUCUCAGUAUGACUGCUGGCAUUACUUCCACACUUUGCAAUCUAAUAACUGUGAGGUUUUGUCCACAUUGUAGAUGCCUUUCACUUAUAAUUUAUUUACCUGUUGACUUAGUUAUUGGAAUCAGUAAAUGUAAAGGUGUGCAUGUGUUUCAUGGGCGUCUGUCUCUCACAGAGUGAUGUAUACCCAGAUUUGGGUUCCUUCAAUUAAAAAUCUCAAAUUUAAUUUCGAUUUGGGCCAGUAGAGGAAAUAUUCUCAAUAAUUAAAAAAAAAAUUAUCAUACCUGUUUGUGGUGUUUAGUUUGUUUGUUUGUUUGUUUGUUUUCCCUGGUUCAUAGCACAAAUUACCUAUUUAACUUUUCUUGUUGGUUUUCUCUUAAGACCCUUGUUUACUCUAAAUGAAGUCAGUGAAUAAUUUCCUAGAGUAUCUCAUACUCCCGAUGUGUAUAUAUUAAGCAUUUGCUGUAGUUUGCCUAGUAAAAUACUAAGGAUAGAUUGUUUUUACAUAGGCCCUGUGUAAGUCUGAUGUUUGCUGGGGAAUGUGUAGUCACUAUAAAUGUUUAAUUUGAAGGAAGAGUAUGAAAAAUCCAUACCUAUUGCAUUAGGAAUCUGAAGACCCCACCUUGUUAUUCUGUUGUGUACUUCCACAGCUAUUACUGUGGAAAAUUAAUUACCUUAAGUCGCUUAGAGUAAUGGCUACAUGUGUAUCCUUGGAUCAGAAUUACUUUGGGGAAGGAACUUUCCCAGAAUUAUUGUUUUUGAGCACUAACACUUAAAAUUUAAUGUUUACCUUGCAUACCAUUUUGUACCUUCCUUCAUUAGAAAACAACUUGGAUCUUUGCCAAUUAACUCACUUGCUUUUUUAAAUCAAUGUUGUUUUAAUGCACUAAUCUGAAUACUGUAAAGAGGAUUAUCUUAGUUUACAGUUUGUAUUUUAUAACGUUCUUACAUAGCAGUUUGAUAGUGAAGUCAGUGUUUUACAUGGCAAAGCUAUGAGACUUCAAAUGGGAACAAAUAAAAUACUACAUGAGUAAAUUGUAUCUUUGCAACCAAAAUAAAGAUGAUUUUAAAAGUGUUUGGAUA